GGAACGUCGGAGAGCGACUCCGAGGACUACAAUUUGUGAAGGCGAAGAAUAGCUUCAUUCCGCCCAUCAACAUUACCAGGAAGAGUGGGAUUAAAGAUUAAUGCCCCACACACAGAAGACGCAGAAAGAGCGAAGUGCACCAUACAAAGCAACAACAACAAGUUCAGUUGUAAUAAAAGAGGAUACAUCAGCAAUGAAUCCAGGCGAGCAGCAACCACUUCAGAUGACAGGAUCGCAAAUUUUGAAGGAAGCUUCAAGAAUCAUGGACUUUGACGGCAGAGAUUUAUCAUCAUUCAUCAGGGAAGUUGACAUGAUCCUUCCUUUAUUCAACCCCAACCCAUCAAUGUUGGAAUUUGUAACGCAGCGACACGUCAAAACAAAAAUUAAAGGAGAAGCAGCAAGUGUCAUCCGGCCUUUGGGACCUACACCAACAUGGCAGCAAAUGAGAGAAGAACUCAUAAAGAAUUUUGGAGUAAAGGAGUCGUACCACACCCUUUACAAUCAGGCGAUUGUACUACGAAACUAUAACGUCAAAUACAUCUUCAAAAUAACAUUGAUGAUAGCAAUUGUAAUAAUUAGCAAUGCAGCCAAACUGGAAGUACAUGAAAUACAUACCGACAAUGGAUACGCAGAAAUCAUCACCAACACUAAACAGAUUGUUACAUCAUCUGACCUCGUAAUUCACAUAAUUGACCCUCACGAAAUUCUUUACAUACUAAAUAAUAUAACAAAAAUCUCGCAAACUUAUUCACAUUUACAUUACUACACCCUAUCUAAUGAAAUUGAAAUCUUGAGAGAAAUAGGAGAUAUUUAUGAUCGCACAAGUAUACGUUUGACUAAGUAUUUGUGA